AUGGACGACACUCCUCGUCAGCUGUAUCAAACGGCGAACAACGUUUAUAUCCUACAGCAGCCUUGGCAGUUUGUCAAAGAGCUCGGUCAGGGAGCUUAUGGAUGUGUCUCUUCUGCCCGGAAUGCGCACACUGGUGAAACAUGUGCCGUCAAGAAGGUCACCAACGUAUUCACCAAGAAGAUCCUUACUAAACGGUGCUUGCGGGAAUUACGACUACUACACCAUUUCCGGGGUCACAAGAACAUCACUUGUCUGUACGAUAUGGAUAUCGUCUUUGAUCCUCCUGGCUCUGGACUCUUCUCAGAGGUCUAUCUUUACGAAGAACUCAUGGAGGCUGACCUGCACGCCAUUAUUCGGUCCGGUCAGCCACUUUCUGACGCCCACUUUCAGUCAUUCUUGUAUCAAACCCUUUGCGGACUCAAAUACAUACAUUCGGCCAAUGUGCUCCAUCGAGAUCUGAAGCCGGGGAAUUUGUUGGUGAAUGCCGAUUGCGAGUUGAAGAUAUGCGAUUUUGGUUUGGCGAGAGGUUUCCAGCCUGGUGCUGUGCAGACGGAACAGGGACAAGCCGGGUUCAUGACGGAAUACGUCGCCACGAGAUGGUAUCGAGCGCCGGAAAUCAUGCUCAGCUUUGCGAACUACACAUCUAGCAUCGACAUGUGGUCUGUUGGAUGUAUCCUCGCUGAGCUAUUGGGAGGAAAGCCGAUAUUCAAAGGAGAAGAUUAUGUUGAUCAACUGAACAAAAUCCUCAACUUCCUCGGUACACCCACAGAGGAUACCCUGCGACGUGUUGGUAGCCCGCGGGCUCAAGACUACAUCCGAUCUUUACCUAUCAAACCCCGAGUUCAUUUCAAAACCCUCUACCCCAACGCCUCUCCUCUCGCUCUCGACCUCUUACAGAAAUUGUUGGCUUUCGACCCUGCAAAGAGGAUCGGAUGUCAAGAAGCCCUCGAACAUCCUUAUCUGGCAGUAUGGCAUGAUCCGGCGGACGAGCCAGCGUGUGAAGUGUCCUUCGACUUUAGCUUUGAAAAGGAAGACUCAACGCAGGGCAUGCGGAAUUUGAUCGUAGAGGAGGUACGAAGCUUCCGGAGUUUAGUGCGACAACAGGAAGUCCCUCUUCCUCCUCGGAACGCACAUGAACUUCCCCCUGCCCCUCCUCCUCCACAGGCCCAAGGAGCAGGUGUGGGACCUGCUUUCUCGGCGGAUUUCAACUCUGGGACGGAUAUGGACGAGCAUCCCAAUUCCGCUUUGGAACGUCAAUUGGCAGGACAACAUCUCUAGCAUCGGCUUUGACGGCCAGUGGCCGGUCGGGGUUUAUGAUGUAUGGAGGGAAAGAUUUCUGUAUGAUCGUCUAGAUCUGUUCAAGAUUUCAUGAUUCAAUGCAUAUCUAAGAGU